GGCGGGCCCUCCGCUGCCGGGCCAGCUCACCCGCCCCACCUCCGGACGCCGGCUGUUGUAGUGACCUUGAGCGAGACAUGAACCACGCUGGGCGACGCGGCGGGGCCCACACUAGCGUGCCGAGCUCCGCUGGUGUGCCGCGUGCGUCCGUCCCCGUCCGUCUCGCCGCCGCACCGACGUAGCUCGUGCGUCCUCCGGCCAUCUUCACUGUCGUGUUGUCUCCCGUCUCCGCUCUAUCGGUCUUUUACUUUCCUGUACCGAGUAAAGCUCACCCUUAUAACGUUUAGCGAGCUCUACCCUCCACUCACGAGUGUUCCCGUCUUCCUAACACCAUGGAGCAGUGUUUCCUAGGAGACCGAGUGCUACUGGAGGACAACUACCUCGGACCGGCUACCCUGUGUGUAAACGGAGACGGUGUCAUCACCAGCGUGACCCGGGGUCGGGUCACACCGCCCGAGGGUGCGAAGGUGACCGACUUCGGCCCCCUGCUGGUGAUGCCCGGCCUGGUCGACAGCCACGUGCACGUCAAUGAGCCCGGACGGACCGCCUGGGAGGGCUUCGACAGCGCCACGCGCGCCGCCGCCGCCGGAGGAAUCACCACCAUCGUCGACAUGCCGCUCAACUCCAUCCCGCCGACCACCACGCCGGCCAACCUGGAGGCCAAGCUGGCGGCCGCCGCCGGCCAGUGUCACGUGGACGUGGCUUUCUGGGGCGGCGUGGUGCCCGACAACUCGACCUUUCUGCGGCCGCUGCUGGCCGCCGGCCUGCCCGGCUUCAAGUGUUUCCUGAUCCACAGCGGUGUGGACGAGUUCCCGCACGUGACGGCCGACCAGGUGGAGACGGCGCUACAGCAGCUACAGGGCACCGGAGCCGUCUUGCUGUUCCACGCGGAGGUGGACGUCGGAGCCAGUCCCCCUGGCGGUGACCCGCGGCACUACUCCACCUUCCUGGCGUCACGGCCCAGGAAAAUGGAAAACGAGGCCAUCAAAAUCGUCAUCGAGAAAUGCCAAAAAUACGGGGUGCGAUGUCACAUCGUCCAUCUCUCAUCGUCGGACGCUCUCGACAUGAUCCGCGAGUGUAAGGCGACCGGAGCGCCCCUGACGGUGGAGACGUGCAACCACUACCUCACGUUCCAGUCGUCAGAGGUCCCUGACUGCGCCACCCAGUACAAGUGCUGUCCGCCCAUCAGAGAAACCGAGAAUAGGGAGGCGCUGUGGGCAGCUGUGCAGAGUGGCCUGGUGGAUAUGGUGGUGUCCGACCACUCGCCCUGUACGCUGGAUCUCAAACAGCCCGGAGUCAUGGAUUUCAUGGAGGCCUGGGGAGGCAUCGCUUCGGUACAGUUUGACCUGCCCGUGUUCUGGACGGAGGCCAGCCGGCGCGGACUCUCGCUGCACAACGUCAGCCGACUGAUGUCGGCCUCCACUGCUCGGCUGGCCGGGCUGGGCCGUCGGAAGGGCGCCCUGCGCGUCGGCCUCGACGCCGACAUGGUGGUCUGGGACCCGGAGGAGGAGUGGACCAUCGCUGAGGGCGACAUAAUCUUCAAAAACAAGAUAUCGCCGUAUCUGGGUCGCCAGGUGCGUGGCCGGGUGCACCGUACCAUCCUCAGGGGCUGUGAGAUUUUCGGGUCAGGUCAGCUUACCACACCCCCUGCCGGACAGAAGUUAUUGCUAGGACCGAGGCAGAACCAGACUUCGGACGAAGCCGGAGAGGACACCAGCUCUACUCGGACCGAGCAGCAGUCCAGCCAGUAAACAGAUGACAGCCGAGUGUCAUGGAACCCGGCAUUUAUUUACUUUCUAGCCAGUCUAUGGGCUGCAAAUAGAUUGAACCGGGGGCAGUUGCUUUGGGAAGGCCAGUCCCAGUCAGCUUUGCUUUGGUGUUCCGGCUAUCCGACUGGUAUGAGUUGUGAGCUGGCUAGGCAUCGUUGUUGGCACUACAAAUAUCCCAGCGAAAACAGAUGCAGCAUUUCAGCUGUCGGUUUCGAAUAUGUAUGUUUGCAUAUACGCCAGGCAUAAUUAAAUGACGCUUGUUUUAUGCAUUUUCACAAUGCUUUUUUUAUCCACGCUUUUCAAGGGUGUCAUUCAUCGUAAAAGUUGGGCGUAUUUUCUAGUGCUUAGUUUAUGACGUUGUUUUGCAAUAUGAAUAACCGUGGCCCAAUGCCUAAAAUAUACUG